CUCAGGCUGACUCUGGGGAAGCCUCUGGGAGAAUGCUGCUUUGGGCAGGUGGUUCUGGCUGAGGCCCUGGGGAUCGACAAGAACAAACCCACACGCCUCACCAAGGUGGCUGUGAAGAUGCUGAAAGCCGACGCCACAGAGAAGGACCUGUCUGACCUGAUCUCUGAGAUGGAGAUGAUGAAGAUGAUUGGUAAACACAAGAACAUCAUCAACCUGCUGGGAGCGUGCACUCAGGACGGCCCUCUGUACGUGGUGGUGGAGUACGCCUCCCAGGGGAACCUGAGGGAGUAUCUCCGCGCUCGUCGGCCGGUUGGCGUGGAGUACUGGAGCAGCUCGAGGCAGGCGUCAGUGGACACUGUGGAGAUGAGGGAUCUGGUAUCUGCUGCGUACCAGGUGGCCAGAGGAAUGGCGUACCUCG